UCCCUCGGACACAGUGGAUCACUGAACCACGGAAAGAGCCGAAGAUGUUGGCUCGGUCAUGUGAUCAGCUGUGUCCAAUCACAGCUGAUCACAUGGGACAUGUACACUGAUCAUCAGGGCACUGAUGAUCAGUUUGCCCUGAUGAUCAGUGUAGCCCCAGCAGUGCCACCUGUCAGUGUCCAUCAGUGCCAGCUGUCAGUGCCACAUCAAUGCUACAUAUCAGUGCCUACCAGUGCACAUCAAUUCCACAUAUCAGUGGCUACCAGUGCACAUCAAUGCCACAUAUCAGUGCCCAUCUGAGCUGCCUUUCAGUGUCACCUAUCAGUGCCACCUAUCAAUGCCAGUCAGUCCCACCUAUCAGUGC